CCAUGUUAGAUCUCCCACCGCCGAGCCGAGCUGAGCCUGAACCCGCUCCGAGUCUCCGGACCCGCCGCCUGCUGCUCUAAACCAGACCUUACCGCCGAUUCCCCCGCCGUCUCCUGUAUGUGCGGGACCAGAUAAAGCAGAGCGCAGCCCCGCACGGCGCCUGUGAGGGAGGGUGGAGGUGUUUUCGUGUCGCCUUUCCGCUCGCCAUGACUUCGUUGACCCAGCGGAGCUCGGGCCUGGUGCAGAGACGCGGCGCCGCCGCCGCCGAGAAGGAGCGGAGCCCGGGGGCAGAGGACGAGUUCGAGCCGCGGAGAGAGGAGCAGGAGGACGAUGACGGAGGAGACUCUAAAGAGACCAGGCUCACUCUCAUGGAGGAGGUGCUGCUGCUGGGGCUGAAGGACCGCGAGGGUUAUACCUCUUUCUGGAAUGACUGCAUUUCGUCCGGACUGCGGGGUUGUAUGCUCAUCGAACUGGCCUUACGAGGGAGGCUGCAGCUGGAGGCCUGUGGCAUGAGAAGAAAAAGCCUGCUCGCCAGAAAGGUCAUCUGCAAGUCUGAUGCUCCAACUGGGGAUGUUCUGUUGGACGAGGCUUUAAAACACAUUAAAGAAACCCAGCCCCCAGAGACUGUACAGAGCUGGAUUGAGCUCCUUAGUGGUGAAACAUGGAACCCCCUGAAGCUCCACUACCAGCUUCGGAACGUACGAGAGCGCUUGGCAAAGAACUUGGUGGAGAAGGGCGUGCUCACUACCGAGAAACAGAACUUCCUGCUCUUCGACAUGACGACACACCCGCUCACCAACAACAACAUCAAGCAGCGGCUCAUCAAGAAGGUGCAGGAGGCCGUGCUGGAGAAGUGGGUGAACGAUCCUCACCGCAUGGAUAAACGUCUGCUGGCCCUGAUCUUCCUAGCUCACUCUUCGGACGUGCUGGAGAACGCUUUCGCCCCGCUGCUGGACGACCAGUACGAUCUGGCCAUGAAGAGGGUACGGCAGCUGUUGGACCUGGAGCCCGAGGGCGAGAGCAUGAAAAACAACGCCAACGAGCUGCUGUGGGCCGUGGUGGCCGCCUUCACCAAAUGAGGGGGGAUUGAACCUGCAGAAAGCACUAAAAAAGAGAAACAAAGUGAAACAACAACAACAACGUUUGACUGGUUACUGAAAAAAAAACUAAAAGCGUUGUUCCAGUGUCUCAGAACUGGACGAUAACUCAGAACUGCAGAACUGUGUCCGGUUCUUUUUCCGUUUCUUUUCCACCCCCUUUCCUUGUUGAUAACUUGCUUCCCUUCGGCAUUCUCAUUGCAUUGCUCACAGUCUUGGUGGGGGCAAAGGAAAGCGCGCCAGGUUUCUUUUUUCCUUUUCUUAAUUUUUUUUUUUCCCCUCCACUUUUCUUUUUGGUUUGUGCAGUUGAAUGCAUGGGGCUUUUCAGUCUGAGCUCUGAAGUCUGAUUCUCUGUUUGAACUUGUACUGCUGGAGCAAUCUACACCCUCUGGACAGGUAUCUGGACAAGUGGGCCUUUUAAUGUUUUUUUCUUUUUCUUUCUUUCUUUCUUCUUUUUUUUCUUAAUGAGAGAAAAGGCUAACCUGAGAGGUGACAUGGGUUGGGGCUCUUUUCAUAGUACUGCAGACAUAAAACAGGGAGUGCUUGCCUAGAUAUUGUUUUUUUCCCCUCAAAAAAACAUUAGAAAUAUAUUAUUUUUCAGACCUGUUUUUUAUGUCAGCAAAUUAAAACUGAAAAUUGAAGAUGAAGUGUUGCCAGAUAUGUGUAACGUCUCUGAAAAUUGUCAAACAACAAAUAAACAAACGGCUCUCAAAGUUGGAUGGUUUUUAAGAUCAGUGUUCCCUAUCCUAUUUUUUUUUUACAAUCUUAUUUCUCAUUUUGUACCAGGCAUGAAACUAUUUAGAAGAAUAACACAGCAGAAGAAUAAGCAGGCAUCGUGCAGUACAUCACUCCUUGAUGGCAUUGACGGCUCUUUCAGUGGGUUUUUGUGAAUGGAACUGAACUGCAGCACUAAGCCACCUGUCAAAGAAUAUCAGUGCAUGAAUACACAGCUUGAUACAGAUAGAAGAACAGUAAUAAUCCAUUUGAAGGAACCCAAAGGCUGUUCCCUCGUGCUGUCCAAAGGUAUAGGUUAUAGAUGUAGGUAAGGUGUGAAGGUUUCAGGUUUAAAACAAACAAAGGGAACACUGAUAUUGAUGAUGUAGAUGAGAAGGUCCUUUAUAAUGAUGAGAACCUUUCUUAUAAUGAUUUAACCAAUAUUCAACUCCUAUAUACAGUAGGUUGUUGCCUAUUCUGGACCACUUCUAACUGGAACACCUUCUCUCCCCAAGGUUGCGCUUGUGAGCAGCAGCAUUUAAAAGAAAUCAUUGUUUUUCACUGUUUAUGAACACCUCACUAACACUUUGAGCUCUACCUCUCAGACCUCACGCACCCCCUUUGUUUCGACUGCCUUGCAUUGGUUUCUUGGCCUCUUCCGUGCUUCAGCGUGUUACUCUGCAGUUUCCUGAUGCAUACGACAUCAAAGGUAAAACAGCACCACUUCUGUACUUUUUAAUGUGCCUGAUGAUGCUUACAGGACUCAUCCUGAUGUAACCUCCACGUUACAUUACGUACUGUAGCUGUUCCUCAGUGUGACGUGUGACAUCGGCGUUCCCAUACAGUGGAGAGACGCUGAAGUUUUGGCCCUCUGUGCGGAACUCUGAUUUUUUUUUGUCCCUAAGGGAACUGUGAGGGAUUUAGGCUUUCCGUUAUUUGCUAUUCUUUACUUACGUUGUGUGAAGAAGGGAUUUUCUGUUUUUCUUUCAAGCGCAAUUAAUAAUGAUGGUGGUGAUAUUGGUUCCACCAUGAAGAUGAUGAUGAUGAUGAUUGCCCUAUAGAGUAAUGAUUACUACAAUAACAACACUGUCUUCCUUCAGACAGGAGCACCACCUACAUCCCAAUCUAUCAGUUCUAUUAAAUCUGUUGAACUGGGAGGAGAAGGAUGGGUCUAAAUGAAAUGAGAGUAUGCAAUGAAAAGUCUGCUGAUGCAGAUUUGUAUGUUAAAAGAUCGUCUAUAAAAUAUAGCAAUUUGCUACUUCCUCAAGUUUCCAUGUUUCUGUAUUCUUUUGUUGAAAUUUGAUCAAUGAAUAAUGACAAUAAAAAAAACUCUAAUGACCAUUUUAAACAUGUCUGAUAUGCACAGUUCCAGAUGUGGUUAACCGUUGUGAGUUUGUCUCUUUUUGUAUGUUUUGUUGCUUGAGAUGAUGAUGAUGAUGAGACAGGAGGCAGAUCACCCACAACAGAGGCAUUUGAUGCCUUUUUUUUCACAGUGCUUAACAUCACAUUCCAGCUGUGUGUACAUACAGCUCUGGAAAAAAGUAAAAGACCACUUUUUUUUACUGAAUUUAUUAGUUUUUUUUUUUUUAAUCUAAGUGAAAACCUCUGAAAUAUAAUCAAGAGGAAGCCAUCAAACCAAGCUGAACUGCUUGAAGUUUUGCCUCAGAAGUGGCUUAAAGUUAUUCAAAAGCAGUGUGUAAGACUGGUGGAGGAGAAGAUGCAUGAAAACUGUGAAUAAAAAACAGGGUUAUUCCACCAAAUAUUGAUUUCUGAACUUUUAUUAAUAAGACUUUGUUUUCUGUGCAUUAUUUGAGGUCUGAAAGCUCUGUAGUUUAUAGACAAAAUCAACAAUGCUUAUUUUACACAAACAUAUUCCUAGAAACCGAUUCAGAAACUGCAGUGGUCUCUCAAUUUUUCCAGAGUUGUGUAUAUGUAUGUGCACAGUUUCAUUUGUAUGUACAUGGCUUACCAUCCUAUUAACAAAUAUAAAUAUAUAUAUGUUGGCGGAUCUUUUAACAAGCUUAUUCUUUUAUUCUGUCAGUCUACUGGGACUGGAUACUAUGAGAGCACUCUCACACUACUGUCAUUCUUUAUUUUACGUUGUUUUUUUUUCCUUUUAAUUUUGUCAAACUAUAUUGAUUUUUCUCAUUUUUAAAGCAAUAAUUUGGUGCAAUGUGCUUUUUUCCAUUUGUUUUCUCUUUGAUUUAUUGGUUAUGGGUAAUGACUGCCUCACAGUAGCUAGCUACUCCUGUCUUUAUAUGUAACAAAGUAUUUUGGUAAAGAAAGCGAGUCGUGUGUAGCUGUAGAAGUCACUAUGAAGGGACCCGUAAUCUGUACACGUUCUUCUUACCAAAUAAACAAAGGUAUAAGAAGUGCCUCAAAAAACUCA